CAUUCCUUCACCCUCAUUUCGAGCAACCAUGGCACGACGAGACAGUGUAACCGCUCAGAAGACCAGAAGGCAGUCCGUGAAGCUGCCACAUGAAGGCCAUUUAUCCGCUUCCUCCUUCAGUACUCGACUCACCAGCAAAGGAGAACGCCCUCAAGGCAUCAAGAAGGGACAAAAGCAAAACCCUCCUCGACGGAGCACCCGUUUGGACCGCUUGGUUGACGGGACUCAAGUAAAAGGCAGGGAGCAGCCUCUGCCAUCUCCAGUCAGCGACAUUAAAAGUCCUAAUAGUGCGCACACACCUCGUAACCCUCUACCAUCGAAGCCUCCGAAGCGGAAACGGGAAACUGAACAGCAACUAAACCCGCCCUCUCCAAAACGACCGCGAACAUCUUGUCCUAGCCCCUCUGUUCAGGACGUAGAUUCUGUUACAUAUUGGACGGAGACAUACCACUGGCCGCCAGGAUACUUCAAUGAAAGUGGAGAAAUGAGUCACUUGUUGGCGAGAAAGAAAUCUACCACCUCACUUCGCCGAAAGCGGUCGGAUAGCGAGUCUGGCGCACCCAGCUCAACUACACCGAGUGACCAAAAGUCAAGGGAGGAGAAGAGUGCUCCUUAUCGAGACCCACGUUACAGGGUCCUACUCGAGGCUAUGGGAAGCUAUAUGGACAAGUCCGAUCUAGACAUCACCAAAGAAGGCAAAGCUCUCUGUCGGAACUUGUUGGCGAAGAAGCAAACGACCCCCAAGGAUUCUAUAUUCUCCGAUGACGUGUUUGAGAAAGCCUGCAGAAAGUUCCAAGACAGAAAUGAGGCAAGGGUGAUCCAGGAUAUAUCUCGACUAAUCGUCCCAUCUACGGAAACGCUGGCUACAUUCGGUGCCCAACAUCUCGAUAAACUGACUGAGAGCGUCAAUGAGGGUUGGAACAGUUCAAUUCCUGUUACCAAAACACGACCUCAACCAGACUACUCUGUGGGUUUCAAACGUUCUGCAUUUACGGACGACCAGCUCAAGAAACUUCAGCCAUUCGUUGGCGACCUCACCGACAACUCCUUCUUCAUGGGUACGUGGUAUAUGUACUUCCCCUUCUUCUCGAGCGAAGUGAAGUGCGGUGCCGCCGCACUCGAUGUGGCAGAUCGACAGAACGCGCACAGCAUGACGCUCGCUGUUCGAGGAGUCGUGGAACUGUUCCGGCUCGUGAAGCGCGAGAAAGAGCUUCAUCGGGAGAUCCUCGCCUUUUCCAUCUCGCACGAUCACCGAUCAGUGAGGAUUUAUGGCCAUUAUCCCGUAAUCGAGGGCAAAAAGACUACGUUCUACCGUCAUCCCAUUCGUACUUUCGACUUUACUGAAUUGGAUGGUAAAGAGAAAUGGACGGCGUACAAGUUUACCAAGAGUGUCUAUGAUACCUGGAUACCUGCUCAUUUCAAAAAGCUUUGCUCGGCAAUCGAUGCAAUACCACCCGAUAUACAUUUUGAAGUCUCGGAAGAAUCUGAACUACAAUUCCCCUCAUCAUCUGGACUUUCACAAGGACUGGAAAGCCACCACCUCUCGGACUCAGGAGCAACAAGUGACGACGAGCUGAGGCUCCUCGAUCCUCAGGAAGUGACACCAGAAACUUCUGUUACUCAACCAUCAGAACAAGCGACAUUCAAGAAACCAAAGAAGAGAUGAGACUCGGUAUUCACAUGGCUAGAGAACUUCUGGAGAUAGAAAGGUCGGAUUGAGGCAAAAUCAUUUCGACGAUGUUACUGUCUCACAAUCUGCUAUUAUCAUGGUGUUCGGGAACAAGUUUGGUCCGAAUGGAGAGUCACUCGUACACAGGAGAAAGAAAUUCUGGAUAUGAUUUAUUUGUGAAUAGUUUAUGCGAAUUACUUCGCUGGGGUGAUACGUCCUUUCGGACAUGCCUCCUGAACGUUAUCUCUCCCCCUUCAAACAGGUUGAUAUCGUGAUUGUAUUCUCUUGUCUACAGUAGGCUUCGUGUUGCAGCCUGGAGAAAGUGUGAGAGAAGGGAGAAAUCCAAAAACCAUAAAAGUAGUAAGUUAGAUCAGGC